CUGCCUGCCGCUAACCGACGCCGGCGCACAUCGCCUUUUCCCGCCUCCGGAACCAACGGCUCACGCUCCCCACCACUUCCCCCGCGCCCCUGCCGCGCACGGGGAAGACCACGAAUUCUAGGCCCUUUUCCGCUGCUGGGCCCAGGGACGAACCGACGGCCCUCGUGCCGCCUGCCCGCCCCGAGGCCCCCACUUGCCCUUGCCUCACAUCUCACCUUUUGCCUCGGCAUAUUCGCCUCCGAUCGAACGCAGUCGCGGGCCGGUGCGGGUACGCUGCUGGUGAGGCGCCCGCGGCCCACCACCCCAUGUCACCAUGUGCGGUGGCCGCCGUGCUGGUGAUGCGGGCAGCGGCCGGUGCAGCGAUUGUGUGGCGCCCGUGCGCUAGCCACUAGGCGGGGCGCACGCCGCCUGUCACGUGGGCGAUAUUUUUCCUGGCCCUCGGCGGUCGGCGCGCUGCGUCGCCGCUUGCUUCCUCCUCUACUUGAGUGCCGAGUCGCCUCCGCGCUCUGCAGUCCCCCGACCCGGAGCCAAAGCCAACAAACAGCCGCUCCGCCUUCUUCCGCGGCUGCAGCCAGCGCGAGGUACCUGGCUGGCAUUUUGCAUUUGAGGUCAUCAUUGAAUGGCUGCAACGAUGGGUUCAAUAUCUGCCAAUGGUUCUUACCAAACAAAUAGGCCCAGUGCACUAAAGCAGGCACCUCACAUGCAAUUCCAACAAUGUUGCAACGGUGGACUUAGGUUCUUAAGCAAGCAUUCCCAAUCCACGCGAAGUAAGAUACAGGUGGCUAAAAGAAGAGCUACAGAUAAUGGAAUUCAUCCAAAGACUACGGGACAUCGGGCACCUAUUGUAUGUUCUGCUGGGAUGACUAUUGUAUUUGUUGCAACUGAAGUGCACCCAUGGUGCAAAACUGGUGGCCUCGGUGAUGUUGUAGGAGGACUGCCCCCAGCUUUGGCUGCUAUGGGACACCGUGUCAUGACAAUAGCUCCUCGUUAUGAUCAAUACAAGGAUGCAUGGGAUACAAGUGUCCUUGUUGAGGUAAAUAUUGGUGACACGGUAGAAACUGUUCGCUUCUUCCACUGCUACAAAAGAGGAGUUGAUCGUGUUUUUGUUGAUCAUCCUAUGUUUCUUGAAAAGGUAUGGGGCAAGACUGGAGCAAAAUUGUAUGGUCCUACUACUGGAACUGACUAUCGAGAUAACCAGUUGAGGUUCUGCCUUUUGUGCCUUGCUGCUUUGGAGGCUCCAAGAGUUCUCAAUUUCAACAAUUCUGAAUAUUUCUCUGGACCAUAUGGGGAAGAUGUUGUCUUCGUAGCCAAUGAUUGGCACACUGCUAUUUUGCCAUGUUAUUUGAAGAGCAUGUAUAAGCCAAAUGGAAUUUAUAAAAAUGCUAAGGUUGCUUUCUGCAUACAUAAUAUUGCCUAUCAAGGUAGAUUUGCCCGAGCAGACUUCGAUCUUCUUAAUCUACCUGACAGUUUCUUGCCAUCAUUUGAUUUUAUUGAUGGACAUGUUAAGCCUGUUCUAGGGAGAAAGCUUAACUGGAUGAAGGCAGGGAUCAUUGAGAGUGAUCUGGUUCUAACAGUCAGUCCACAUUAUGUCAAGGAACUCACAUCUGGCCCAGAUAAGGGUGUUGAGUUGGAUGGUGUCCUUCGCACAAAGCCUCUAGAAAUUGGAAUCGUUAAUGGCAUGGAUGUUUAUGAAUGGGAUCCUUCAACAGAUAAGUACAUCAGCGUGAAAUAUGAUGCAACAACGGUAACUGAAGCAAGGGCUCUCAAUAAAGAGAGUUUGCAAGCAGAAGUCGGAUUGCCUGUGGACUCGAGCAUCCCUGUUAUAGUUUUCGUCGGGCGUCUCGAAGAACAGAAAGGGUCCGACAUACUCAUUGCAGCCAUUCCAGAGUUCGUGGGCGAGAAUGUCCAGAUAAUCGUUCUUGGCACGGGAAAGAAGAAGAUGGAGGAGGAACUAACGCAGCUGGAAGUGAAAUAUCCAAACAACGCUAGAGGCAUAGCGAAAUUCAAUGUUCCAUUGGCACACAUGAUGUUUGCCGGGGCUGACUUCAUUAUCGUCCCAAGCAGGUUUGAGCCAUGUGGUCUCAUUCAGCUGCAAGGGAUGAGAUAUGGAGUGAUUCCUAUCUGUUCAUCCACUGGAGGACUUGUCGACACGGUUGAGGAGGGCGUCACCGGAUUCCACAUGGGUUCUUUCAAUGUCGAGUGUGAAACUGUAGACCCAGCCGACGUGACAGCAGUGGCGUCAACCGUCACGCGAGCCCUGAAGCAGUACGACACCCCGGCAUUCCAUGAGAUGGUUCAGAACUGCAUGGCGAAAGACCUGUCCUGGAAGGGGCCUGCGAAGAAGUGGGAGGAGGUGCUUCUGGGCCUUGGAGUCGAGGGGAGUCGAGCUGGCAUCGACGACGCAGAGGAGAUCGCCCCACUUGCCAAGGAAAACGUAGCCACUCCGUGAGGGCUUGGUGGUGCCUCGACUCGGAAACACGCGUUGGUGAUAGGAAGCGUCUUCUAGGAUCCUCCUGGGCGGCCUUGUGGCUGGUGGAGUGAGGUGUCCAGUCAGACACGGUUUCGCCUCUACUACUAGUCUACUACUACUACCUCAUUGUAAUAUAAUCCUUGGCAUUCUAAAAAAUGCCAUGCCUGCUCUAAUUCUUCUGUUCUUGCGCAACAUACACUUCCCGCUUCCGUUCGGUCGACAACGGUUAUGUAAAUAUAGCGAAUGCUAGCGGGCAGCUCGAAUCAUCCCAAGUGGUAGGGUCACGAUGGAGUUGUUUG